AUGUCGUACAACGAUAGGGACAACUCUGACAGCUACGGCAGCGGGGGAAACUCCUAUGGAGAUGACAGCUCGCGUGGAGGAUAUGGAGGAGGAGAUUCGAACCGCCUUGGCGGUGACAGUGGCUUGAGCGGAGGCCGCGAUCGCGAUGACAACUUUGGUGGCAGUGGUCGACGAGGAGGAGACUCUUCAUUCGGUGGAAGCGGCAACGACAGCUACGGUUCCGGGGGACGCCUCGGUGGCUCUGGAGGAGGUCUCGGUGGCUCUGGCGGCCUUGGCGGCUCUGGCAACGAUUCGUAUGGCAGCUCUGGUCGGGGCAACGACUCUUACGGUAGCUCUGGCAAUACCGAUUCCUUCGGCGGCUCUGGACGCAACACAGAUUCAUACGGAGGCUCUGGCAACACCGACUCGUUCGGCAGCUCUGGCCGGAAUACCGAUUCGUACGGCGGCUCUGGCAACACCGAUUCCUUUGGAGGCAGCGGCAGAGGUAACGACAGUUACGGAUCUGGCAAUGAUAGCUAUGGCAGCUCUGGACGACAGGGGAGGGACGAUAACACUGACAGCUAUGGCAGCGGUUCAGGCAACGAUAGCUACGGCAACAAGACCAGCAGCGGCUACGGCGGCGAUGACAACAACAACAACAGCAAGAAUGACUCCACCACUGGCAAACUCCUCGAGAAGGCUGGAGGCUUCUUGAAGAACGAAGGCCUCGCCAACAAGGGCCGUGAGAAGCGUGAGGGCGCCGGCUACGGCGGCGGCGACUCCUCGUCCUAUGGCGACUCGUCCAACUACGGCGGAAACUCGGGCGAUUCGUAUGGAGGAAGCGACUCUCGCCGUGAUAACUACUAG